AUGGCAAUACUCGGUCUUGAUCCUAUGCUUUCAACAAUGAUUUUAGCCGGAAAAACGUAUAACUGUCUCAAUUAUACAAUAGCUCUAGCUGGUAUGUUGACGGUGGCUCAGAAUAUCUGGUGGUGUGGCAAGGAUGAUCGGUUGAAAAAACUCAGAGACGAGAAGCAAGCUGUGUUCAUAUCAGGUUCAGGUGUCGCUGGUGAUUUCAUUUUACUGUUGCGUAUCUAUCUAACAUGGUAUGGGUUAGGUGAUGAUAAAGACUUGAAAAACGAAUGGUGUCGCAAGUAUAUGAUCAACGGAAAAUCUCUGAAACUUGCUAGCAAUUUUAUUCGGGAAACUGCAUCUCAGAUUCAUCACAAAUUUCAAAUAAUUUCUACCGAAUUGGAUGAUGAUCUUAUCAAUCGUAUCAAACGCUGUAUAUGUGAUGGUUUCUUUGAAAAUUUGGCCAUUGCCAAAGGAUCUACACGUGGUAGUUACCAACUAACAAACAGCAUCUUGCCUACCACUGGACAGUUGAAACGAUGGUCAACAGUGAUACUUGACCAGCAGCCAGCUAAGUUCAUACUCUAUUUCGAAAUGCUUAAUCUUAAUGAUAUCACCUUACUAUGUGUGGCAUGCCCUAUUGAUCUGGAAUGGCUUAGCCAACCGUGGCUCAAUUCUAUACCACAUAUAGCUCAGCUCUGUACACUUGAAAGCUAUGAUUUUAAGUAUAUUGGGCCUUCACUAAUGCUUUCAUUGGUCGGUAAAGGUCGUUGGAAAUUGCCAAAUCUGGAACAGUCCUUGCAAGUAAAUUUUGAGGCUAAUUAUAGAGAAAACAUCUUGACAAUGUGGGGCCAACCCGAGAAACUUGCUACAGCAAAAAUUCAGCUUCAACGGAUAAUAGAUCAAGAAAGUAAAAAGCUUCAUGCCGAAGUACAGGAAUACGAGAUCGUUGGUUCGACUAGAAUUUUGCUGGGCACUGGCGCUGAACCUAAGGUGGUGUUGAUUAACGAUGAAUUUGUCAAAGUUCUGCUCACUAAUCUGCCAAUUGGUUUUACUGAAGAACAAAUAGAGCAUAAAUGCCAGUCGUACGGCCAAGUUCGUCAUGUGACCAUGAUUCAAUCGAGUACAAGUGAUAACGCGGCCUUGGCUACCUAUUUCACAUGUGAUGACGCUCGAAGAGCCGUUAUUCAAUUGUCACAUGAAAUUUGGGAUGGGCAAGAAAUAAAUGUCAGCCCCAACUAUGCACAUACAUCGGUGUAUGCAAGUAUGCAAAAUUGCAAGAUCAAAGCUCUAUGGUUUAUGACCGAGUCUGAGGGUCAUGGUCGCGUACACUUCAGUCAACAGCAACCAGCACAGAAGGCUUACGCAUGGUUCAAGAAAGAGCUUGGCUUUAAUUGUCGAAUUCAAUUACACACAACGAAGCCAACAAUUCAAUUAUCUUGGCCACUAUCACUUCAAAAGUGCCAAGCAUUAAUUCAAUUUCGAACGGCCGAAGAAGCACAAGUGGUAAAUAUUGAAUUAGGGUUAUUCAGCGAAUAUUCAUCAUUUCAGCGUGAAUCAGUAUUCGUUCAACCAUGGGCAUUCAAUGAUCAAAUUGAAGCCUAUGUGCAAUUUUCUAAUGAGCAAGAAAUGCAAAUCGCUAUUAAUGAAAUAGAUGGCAAAGUAGCAACGAACAACACAGAUACAAUGCGACUUCUCACUUAUAGACAACAGUCGACAAUGUUAGAAGACAAGAAAAAGGAAAAGGAGUAUACGCGAGAUGAUUUCGUGAUCGAACUUUUUCAGUUGCCAUCUGAUAUGGACGAAGAAGUUCUUAUUGAAAAGCUCUAUCAAAAGCAUCUAACUGAUUUUAUGACCAACGUGAUUAUUUUUCGCAAGAUGCUACAACCAAGCGAUUCAUCAGACAAUCCCAACGAAGCAGCUGAUGAAAACAUGAUAAAUAUAGUGAAACUCCAAUCUCUCUUCAGUUCUCACACACUGUUUCAUUCGAAGCCAGAUAUUCAAAUUCCUCCAGCUACACAUGAUGGUCGCGUUGUUGCUUCUAUUCUCUUCAGUGAUCCACAUGAUGUUAUGACGGCUAUGAAAAUGUACAAAGCGUCAAAUGAUCCAGAUCUUUUUAGAUUCAGUCAAUUCAAAAUUCACUUCGUACCCGAUAUUGAUCAUAUCAUUGUUCUACAUAUGGCGCUAGUGCAGGCCAUACCUCACAUUAUCGAACAAGCUAUUAAAAAGAUCAAAGAUCAUCCUCGUUUACCUGAUAUACGAUUAGUCGAAGAGCUUACCUGUGAAGAUAAUCAAGAGAUCAAGCGCAUUACGAUCAAAGGAACGAACUUAGAACAAAUCCUUGAAGCACGCAUCAUUUUUGAUAAACUGAUGAAGGGUGUACCAUUCAAGUUUCACAGUCCAUCAUGGGUUCGUCUUCUGUUUAUGUAUUGA